GCCGAGAGGAUGUCAGCGGGAAUCAACGACAGCGAGCAGGCGGAGCCGAGAGACGAGACCCUGGCCAGGGUGGAGAUCACUCUGCUGGGCAUCAUCUUCUUCAGCGCCGCCGUCCUGAACGGCGUCCUGGUCCUGGUCCUGUGGCGGCAGCGCAAGCACGUGAGCCGGAUGCGCGUCUUCGUCUUCCACCUGGCCCUGGCCGACCUAGUGGUCACUUUCUUCCAGGUGUGCCCGCAGCUCAUGUGGGACAUCACGGACAGGUUCGUUGGGCCGGACUUGGUCUGCCGCCUGGUGAAGUACCUGCAGGUUCUGGGCAUGUUCUCGUCCACCUACAUGAUCGUGGCCAUGACGGUGGACCGGUACCAGGCGGUGUGCAACCCCAUGGUCAAGUUCCAGCGGACGCAGCGGCGCGUGAACGCGGCCGUGUGCGCGGCGUGGGGGGUGUCCCUGGUGGGCAGCCUGCCCCAAGUGUUCAUCUUCUCCCAGGUGGAGGUGGCGCCCGGCGUGUUCGACUGCUGGGCCAAGUUCGUCCAGCCGUGGGGGCUCAAGACCUACAUCACGUGGACCACCGCGGUCAUCUUCGUGGUGCCCGUCAUCACGCUCGUCUUCUGCCAAGUGCGCAUCUGCAGGGCCAUCCAACAGAACCUGCACCGGAAGGCGCAGCGCGGCGUGGCCGGCACGCUGCCCCGCAGAGCCAGCGGCGUGGCCGGCAUGUCCAAAGCCAGAGUGAAGACCCUCAAGAUGACCGUGGUCAUUGUGCUGGCCUACGUGGUGUGCUGGUCCCCCUUCUUCACCGUCCAACUGUGGUCCGCGUGGGACACCGAUGCACCCAAAGAAAGUGCCACCUUCACCAUCCUGAUGUUGCUGGCCAGUCUCAACAGCUGCGCCAACCCCCUCAUCUACCUCCUCUUCAGCGGUCCGCUUCCUCUGAGGCUCCUAAAGCCAGUUUGCCAGCAGGGCUCCUUCACCAAGGACUCCACGCACGAUGAGGCCACGCUGGUCAGCACCUUCUACACCAGUUUUAAAAAUCUCACAAAUGACAAUUGA